AUGCAGUCCUAUCUCCAGAACCCUCCGGACCUGCGUCCCGGGGCCCUGCUCCAGUCUCCGGUCCACUGCUUCCAGCUGCAGGAGCACUUGGCCUCUGGGGUUUAUGGAAAGGUCAUAGACUGUUGGAACGUCACGGCCCAGAGACCCGCGGUCCUGAAGGUCCUCCAGGUCCAGAACGCCGAGUUCUUUUGGCAGGAGGAGGAGGAGAUCCUCCAGAUCCUGGCCCAACACCAAGGCCACAGGAACCACGUGGUUCAGUGGUUUCACUCCUUCCAGAUCUCUGGGACUUUUAUCCAUGAGUUCGAGAAACUGGACAUCAGCCUGAAGCAGUACGUGAGGGAGAGUCCGUACGGAGGUCUGGGGCUGAUGGAGAUACGUCCCAUCGUCUCUCAGAUGGCACAGGCGCUCCACUUCCUGAAGGGACUCGGGAUCAUGCACAACGACCUGAAACUGGACAACAUCAUGUUGGUGGACCACCUCAGGAAGCCUCUGUGUGUUAAACUUAUUGACUUUGGUUUAGCUAGCACAGAGAAUUGUCAGGGCAAGGAGAUUCAUAACCAAUACUACAGGCAUGUAGGGCGUCCAAACGCUUAG